UGAUGUUUUGAUGGUACGACUGUUUUGAUAAUAUAUUCACCCAGACACUGAAUUUUACUGCAGAGACGGUGACACAGUACCUAGUUUUCGUAAUCACGCCUUCAACGGUUUUCUCGACAACGGUGACCCAGUCAGAUGUGUGACCAGUGGACCCAUUUGGCCGAAGUAAAGAUGUAUUUAGACCUUAGGGAGGACAUAGCAAACAGAGAGGCUGUGAAGUGCCAUUGCACUAGAGCAUUCAUCAGAGAUGGUGACUUAUGCAAGUGGGGAUUGCUGGGGAAACCAUAUGGCACUGUGAAAACUCAUGAUUCAGACCAGCAAGAGGAGACAACUGUGAAUGGCCAUGUUUCUACAUCUGACGAAGAUGUCUCUGUCUCCGAAGAGGACUUUUUCCUGGAGGAGGAAGAACAGAUGAUGAAAAUGAUGGGAUUGCCAUUGAAUUUUGGUUCAGAUUCGAAAACUGAGGGGACAAAAGCAGUUUUGAAGGGCAAGAAAAGCCAAAAACAGAAAAGGAAAAAGCAGAGGAAAAGAGAUUUGACCAAAGAGGUAGAUGUCCUUAUAGAAAAUGGAGAUGGCUGUGUUGUUUCGGACAGAUGUGAGUUCCCUGCAUUGCCUGAGAAGCCAUACCAUCUUCUGUGUGAUUCCACAGAUGUGACAUCAUCAAGUGAUGUUAACUGUGCUGAUAUAGAUCAAACUGAAGACACCAUUGUAGGUGAGUUGAUCACAGACGCAUGUGAGGGUAAUACAGAACUGAGAGAUUGUGAUGUACCAGGAUGGGAUGACUACUGGGCUAAGCACGGCGAGUACUUGGUGUGGCAAGGAUGGGUACAGAAGUACCCAGACUACAUAGAUUCUAACUAUAUGGACACAUCUGCCGUUCCAUGCACUGCUGAGGUGGAAAUACAGGCUGAAGAAGAUUCAAAGGCAGAUGCCCUAGUGAGCUCUACAGUUAAUGAUGCUGUGGAGGGGAGCUGUCAGGAAAGCCCUGUAGCUGGAAUCAGUAGAAGUCUGGUAAACAACACAACUUAUAACAAGGCAGUGGAGGCCACUAUGACACAGAGGUCAGAAGUAGCAAACAAUAGUGCCACAGAGAGUGUGAUACAAGACACGGAGCAAGCCAGAGAGGUAGUGACUAUGAUGCACUCUUAUUGCGCUCAAGAAGAUAGUGUGAGGCAUAGAUCAGAGAGUGAGGGUGCAGAACCCAGUGUGGAGAUCUCUGAGAGAAGUUACGAUGAUGAGUGGAGAGAUCUGUGGUCAGAACACUAUAACGAGAUGUACUGGUACUACUAUAAACAGUACCAGUCCUGGUAUGGGGCAGGCAUGCUGGUAAGCAAAGAGGAAGUAACUAUGGAUUCAGACGGGUCAAGGGAGACUACUCUUGAUGAACACGAUUCUCCUGGCAAUGAUGACAUUAAUGAAGGAACACUUUCUCAGUGUGAAACAAAUUGCAAAAUAUAUUCUGUAAAGGUAGACAGAAUUUGUGCUAAAGACACUUUGGACAGCGUUAAUGACUUGUCUUCGAGAGUGCGAUCUGGUCUUGAUAUAAGUGAUGGUGCUGGUGCUGAUGACGUAGUGCCAAGUACAUCUGACUGUACUUUGAAUAGUGACUUUGUGAAGCAGCGUGGUGAUGAUAAAUGUGGUGAGGUGUGUUGUGUAUCCAGUGAUAGAUUAAGGACAGGUGAAGUGGGUGGUAAGCCACCUCCAAGCACAGCUCCUGAGUCUGCUGCUGAGGUUGUGCCAGAUUCUUGUGAGGAACCUUCAGAUGGUGGAGGUGAGAAUUCUACUGGUAGUUCAUCUCAUAGUGGCAACACGAAGGCGACAAGGGGAUCUAGGGCUGAGACUUCUCCAUGUAAGGCCACAGGGAAUAGCGGGUGUUGCCACGGAUCUGGCAGCGAUGAGGAUGGGAACCAGCCCCCGGAUGAGGCACCCAGCAAGCUACCCUCAAGCCAUGAAGUAGAAGAGGCAGUGUCCUUGAAAAAGCGCCGUCGUAAGCAGAUGACCUGUGACUUUGAGAAGAUGGGAUACAAGAUGUCUAGUGAUGAGAUCAGCGCAGAAGGCCAGACACAGUUUGUGGGAGCUCACAUUACAGUUAUGGACAGACGACCAUUUCACAAGUUCAAAUCCCUGAACAUGGCAUCCAAAGCUCAACAUAUACAUUUUGACAGUGAUGGCAAUCCUUUAGGGGUCAAGAAACCAAAAAGUCUCACAAAAGUCAAGAAGUUCUUAGAAUUAAACUCUCGGGUGUCUGAUGAAGAGAGUAUAGUUUGUGGGUCAGGUGAUGCAAAUCUAUCCACAAGGGAGCAGUCAUGUGACCUGUGGAAAUCAGCCAGUGGAAUUGGAGCAGGAGAUUGGACAGACUCUGAUUCCAGUGAUUUGUCAUGUGACAGUGAGGACCAAUCAGAUGUGGAGGAGAUAUCACUAGCCAAGAAAGCUACAGAAAGUGUCGUGACAAACUCGACACUGAAAUUUCCCAAGGACAAGAAGAAACGCAAAAAGAGAAAGGUGGUGUCAGUUCCGCUGGAGAUCCAAGCUGAUGCACAACUGAGAAAGUACUGGGCUCAGAGAUACCGACUCUUCUCCAAGUUUGAUGAGGGAAUCAAGAUGGACCAUGAGGCCUGGUUUUCUGUCACACCAGAGAAGAUUGCAGAACACUUGGCAGAGAGAUGUCAGUGUGACCUGGUGGUUGAUGCCUUUUGUGGGGUUGGUGGAAACACCAUACAGUUUGCCUUCACGUGUGAACGAGUGAUUGCCAUUGACCUUGACCCUGUGAAGCUGUCCCAUGCUCGUCACAAUGCGGAGGUUUACGGUGUGGCAGAUCGGGUUGAGUUCAUCCAGGGGGAUUUUCUGGAGCUGGCUCCCAGUCUUCAGGCAGACGUUGUCUUUUUGUCCCCACCCUGGGGGGGUCCUGCCUAUCUCGACUCUGAGGUGUUUGACUUGGACACCAUGAUCCCACUGAAUGGAUCUCGGAUAUUUAGACUUGCCCAGGGGAUAACGAAGAACAUUGCUUAUUUUCUGCCAAGGAACUCCGAUGUUGAGCAGAUAACCAAGCUUGCAGGCCCAGGUGGAAAGGUUGAAAUUGAACAUAACUUCCUCAACAAGAAACUAAAGUCUAUAACAGCAUACUAUGGCGAGCUUGUCCUGGAUGGAUUGGAGACUUGAAUCGUGGUAUCGUGGUGGUACAUGUAGGCUAACAGGGAGAGGUUACAAACAAAGACAACUUCCCAAGAAACUCAGUUUGAUACCCAAAAAAUAAACCAAGAUUUUAUAAAAAAAAUAAGGUUUUGAACUGCGGAAAGUCUGUGGCUGCUGAAUGUCUUGCUUCGGAAUAUCUGUGACUAUUGUACUUACCAGUUCACAGUAAUAGAAAAAAAAUAUAUGUAUAUAUUGGAACUAAAUGUGCAGAAGUUCCCCCGAUAAAUGUCACAAUCUAUAGGACAUAGAAAUUAAGUAAUAUCUAUGUCCUGGAGCGUCCUGGAUUACAGUGCAUUAGGCUUAAAAGGCACAAUUCGUGCCUGAUUACCCACAGGUCAAGAGUCUGACGAAUUUUUCGCGAAAUUAUAUUUAACGCCGAAUGUAUUUUAUGCCUUGAAAUUAACAUGAUAAAAUGUUGGUGACUU